AUGCGGCGACUGUGCUGUGAUGGUCGCAUUUCCGCAUUUCCGCCGUGGCGGCGGCCAGCCAGGUAUCCGUUCCCAGCCAGCUCGGGGGGUUCUUUUAUCCUCGCAGCGGCUCAUCUUUCUGUCUUCUGUCGUCUCACCAAGACAGGUCUCACCAGGCAGAGAGGCAGAACGCAAGCUGAGCAGGCUGCGGGCAGCGUGACGGGGAUUCGCCGGCUCGCUGGGGGUUCGCACUCGGGCAGAAACACGAUCUUCCGACCUUGCGGCACGAAACUCGGAUGGGAAGGUGGCUACACCAGCGACGAGGCAAAUGCCAUCAACACAUCAACACGCUGGCGAACUUCAUCUGCUCGUCGAUCCGAGCACUUUGCUCCACCGAAUUUCAACAAAUAUGAAUAUUUAUGCCUGGGAUCAACAGUACCAGCCUUAAUUAGAACGCUGAAGCGGUGGGACCCUCAGUGCGGUCGCGAACCCAACGUGCUGCGUCUGCAGCAGACAGAGCCCGCUUGGCGCGUUGCAGUCCCUCUCAGGGGUGAGCUGCGAGCUUUGUCAGCUGGUGCUUGGUUCAAUGUUCGCGGGUGGGGCAUCCCGUAUGGCAAGUAA